AACCUAGCCUUCACAAUCAUGUAACGAAGGAAUAAUAACUGCCUGACAUGCAAGAGUUGAAUAAAAAGAGCACGGGAACAGCCGAGAACGCCACGUCAUUGAGCAGUUUGGGUGACGAGCAUAGGUGAACGGAGGAGCAAUAGGUCUAACCAAGAACGAUGGUGACUAUACUGAAGAGCCCAUUCGCCGACGUUGCGCUUGAUUUUCACAAGAAUUUCGGCGGCUACAUCCUGGAGCACCUUCGCCUUAACCCUAACUCUAAAUGGAUAAAUGCCACGUCACACGAGGAGCGAACGUACGGCGAACUGGCAAAUCAGGUGGUGGCAGUCCACGCUGCCUUGGAAAGCCUAGGUCUCUGCGCCGGUGACAAACUGUGUCUCAUCGUGGCCAAUCGUCUCGAGCUGCUGCCCAUAUUUCUGGGCGCAGCUUGUGCGAACGUGGGUGUCGCCUACGACUACCCGGGAUAUGCAAUUGAGGUUCUCACUGAGUGGAUGAAAGACAUCGAGUUCACUGCUAUCUGCUGCGAGCCAAGCAACAUUGACUCAGCGCUCGAACUGAAGGCGAGGCUACCGACCAUCAAACGCAUCAUCUCUUUGGGCGAACCUACGAGUGUGCCACAUGGCGCGGAAGGCGCAGUUGUCUUGUGGAGCGAGUUAAUCAAGAUGGGCACUGUAGCAUGCAGUUUAGCAGCGCCCUCCGUCGAGUACCAAAUGAACCGUAUCUGCUACAUGAACUCGACAAGUGGCACCACUGGAAAGCCCAAGAUGGUAGUGCACUACCACGAUUCGCUUGUUGCCAGUGUGCAGGCUAACAGCCACCGACAGCAUAUGGGUCUGACGCUGGAAGACGUCGUCCUGUGCACUGGCUCACUUGGUCACGUGUACGCCUUGUUCGACUGCGCAUGCAAAGCCAUCGUCCAGGGAGCUACGUGCGCCUUCCUCGAGGAGGCAAACGCCGAUGCACUUUUGGAAGCACUCCAACGGUUCAAGGCGAGCACGCACUUAUGUUGCAAAGAGUACAAGCGUUCUCUUUGGUCGAACGUAACCGCGCUAAGCACGGUGCCCUAUCUGGCCCGCGGCCUUCUAGACCAUCCGCAACGCAGUCGCUACGACCUGAGCCGUUUGCAGUACGUAGCAACGGGAAGCAACUACAUCAGCGAAGACGUCGCAAGGAGACUCUUCUAUGAACUACACCUCAAGAGCUACAUCCAGAUGUAUGGGCAAACCGAGAUCGUCUUCGUAGCCGGAGGCCUCCACGAUUCACCUCCCAGGUUCGCAUCAAUCGGACGUCUAGGAAUGGGCCUUGAAGCCAUGGUAAUUGACACCGAAACGAGGAAGCCACUCGGUCCAAUGAAGCAUGGUGAACUCGUAGUUCGAGGCCCCGGUCUUAUGCGAGGAUACUGGGGGAGGCUAGAUAAGCCAAUCACUGACGCUGAAGGCUGGUACGGCACAGGUGACGAGUGUUACUUCGAUCAAGAAGGCUGGCUCUACCUCGUACAGCGACUAAGCGAGUUCAUCUACUGCCGGAGCAUAAAGAUGGCACCGGCGGAAAUUGAAGCCGUUCUGCUACAGUGCGCUGAUGUGAAGGACUGCGCUGUCGUAGGCCUGCCGCACCCACAAGCCGGACAGCUGCCUCACGCCGUGAUCGUACCGAAGAACGAGAGCAAGCACCUUGGCCUGGAGCACUACAUCACAUUUGUCAAUGAAAGGGUGCCGAAACAACUUCAGCUUGAAGGUGGUGUCACGCUCGUCGAUUCAAUUCCACGCAACAAGAUUGGAAAAUUGGUGAGGCGCGAGCUACUGAAUAUGGUGCUUGAGCUCCGUACCAGAAAGCACCUAAAGUAAUGCUCCGGCUUGUCACCUCAGGCGCAUGCUAGCACUGAUUAACAGCGAUACCGAACGCAUCAACAACCAGAUAUUAGCACAUGCUUCAUGGUUAAAAUUUUGAAAUAAUUUGCAUAUUUGCCGCAACCUUAGAAAGGAAGACAGUGGCUCAGCGUUUCCUUUUCUACUUCCUGGCGAAAACCGAUUAAAACCACCGGAACACUCUGUUACGUCUCUGCAUUUUUCAGUUCUCCAAGACAGGUGACGAUUUCAUUUUAUCUAAU